CUGGAAGAUAAAGCAAAGUAAAGCAAUAAUCGAAAAUCAUCACUGUUUCAAGACCUCUUACAGAUAUCCAAACAAUCAACAGCAAUCAUGAGCUCAAACAAAGGCGGUGUCUCUUCAGGCGUAACCUGGGUUACCUCAACCGUUGGUAACGGAGUAAGCGGCCUCACCAACACCGUGGGCGGUGUCGUUGGAGCAGCCGGUCGCGGAGUCGGAGAAACAGUCAAUGGCGUAACGGGCAGCUAUGGCAAACCAGUUGGAGAUGGCAUUAAGGAUGUUGCGGAGGGAAUUGAGGGUGGUGCUGCGAGGGUUGCGGGUGGUGUUAAGAGAGCUGGAGAGGGACAGCAUGGACCUUUGAGAUGAAGGAUCAGAGUUGUUAGUAGUGGUGGAAUAAUGAUGGAUGACUUGGGUCGGUUAUGAAUUGGAUGUAUGAUGAUA